AGGAACAGGUCUCAUACCUUAUGUCAGGCUGACGGGCUUCCUUUGCAGUCCUGCGCAUUUUUAAAACGCAUUUGCAGUUAUGCCUUGAGAAAGGGCCCUGGAAGCUGCCCUCCGCCCGGGGCAGCUCUGCAGAAUCAGGUCAGAAUCAGGUCACGGCUUAGGCAGAUUAGCAAGGCCCUACACUGACCUCCUAAAGAUCCCUAAUCCUGGGACAGCAGCCAGCCAGCAGGCCCAGGGCCACACAGGUCCCUGCACCCUUUCCCAGGCCCUAGCCGGGGCUACCAUGGCCUCCCUAUUCUCUGGUCGAGUUCUGAUCCGAAACAACAGUGACCAGGACGAACUGGAUACAGAGGCAGAGCUCAGCCACAGGCUGGACAACCGGCUGGUGCUGCUGUUCUUCGGCACUGGGUCCUGCCCCCAGUGCCAGGCCUUUGCCCCGAUUCUCAGGGACUUCUUCAUUCGGCUCACCGAUGAGUUCUAUGUGCUGCGGGCAGCCCAGCUGGCCUUGGUGUACGUGUCUCAGGACACCACAGAGGAGCAACAGGACCUGUUCCUCAAGGACAUGCCCAAGAAGUGGCUCUUCCUGCCCUUCGAGGAUGACCUGAGGAGGUGA